AUGCUUGGUGAGGGACCAGUGCAGAUGGUAGAGAGGGAAUACUUUCUCCUGCUCUGAACGGGGCUCUCAAACUCAGACAAUAAAGCCAAGCCUCCAUUUUCAACAGAAACACUGUUGUUGUUUUUUAUUUAUUUAUCACAUUGUCUAAAUAGCCACAAUGCCAAGUCGUCGUAGUCAAUGUAUUUUAUUACUGAAAAAAUAGCUGAUUUGUCUGAAAUGCCUGCCUUAUUGUUGAACAUGAACCAACCAACUCCCUCCGUCCCACCACAUGGGUUGGGGGGGGGUAGGGGGGGUUACACAGUACAGCAGCAGGUAUUCAUAACCAUGUGUAGCAGAAACAAGGAUGUGGCUUUUGAAAUAGUACAGGUACCGUGAGUUCAGGAAGUAUUCACAUCCCUUGACUUAUUCAUGUUGAUGUGUUACAGCCUGAAUUUAAAAUGGAUUAAAUUGAGAUUUUGUGACACACAAUAACAUAAUAAAGUAUUAAUAAAUAAUGUAAAAGUGGAAUUCUGUAUUUCUUUAGUUUCUUUAAUGAAAAAUGAAAAGCUGAAAUAUGUUGAGUCAAUAAAUAUUCAACCCCUUUGCUAUGGAAAGCCUAAAUAAGUUCAGGAGUAAAAAUGUGCUUAACGGCCUCCCGAGUGGCUCAGUGGUCUAAGGCACUGCAUCGCAGUGCUAGAGGCGUCAUUACAGACCCGGUUCUAUCCCAGGCUGUGUUGCAGCCGGCCGUGACCGGGAGACCCAUGAGGUGGGGCACAAUUGGCCCAGCGUCGUCCGGGUUAGGGGAGGGUUUGGCCGGCCGGGAUGUCCUUGUCCCAUUGUGCUCUAGCGACUCCUUGUGGCGGGCUGGGCGCAUGCAAACUGACUUUGUACAUUGUUUUCUCUGACACAUUGGUGUGGAUGACUUCCGGGUUAAGCGGGCAGUGCGGCUUGGCAGGGUUGUGUUUCGGAGGACGCGUGGCUCUCGACCUUCACCUCUCCUGAGUCUGUACGGGGAGUUGCAGCGAUGGGACAAGGCUGUACCUACCAAUUGGGUUAAAAAGUAAUAAAAUAAAUGUGCUUAAUAAGUUGCACUCUGUGUGCAAUAAUAGUGUUUAACAUGAUUUUUGAAUGAGUACCUUCUCUAUGUACCCCACACAUACAAUUAUCUGUAAGGUCCCUCAGUCGAGCUGUGAUUUUCAAACAGAUUCAACCACAAAGACCAGAGGUUUUCCAACGCCUCGCUAAGAAGGGCACCCAUUGGUAGAUUAGUAAAAAUAAUCACACAUUGAAUAUCUCUUUGAGCAUGAUGAAGUUAUUAAUUACAGUUUGGAUGAUGUAUCAAAACACCAAGUCACUACAAAGAUACAGGCGUCCUUCCUAACUCAGUUGCCGGAGAGGAAGGAAACUGCUCAAGGAUUUCACCAUGAUUUUAAAGAAGUUACAGAGUUUAAUGGCUGUGAUAGGAGAAAACUGAGGAUGGAUCAACAACAUUGUAGUUACUCCACAAUACUAACCUAAAUGACAGUGAAAAGAAGGAAGCCUGUACAGAAUAAAUAAGCUUUCAUCAAAUAACAAUCUUGAUUUCUCUCUCCCCCCUCCUCCAUCUCUCUAUUACUCCUUCUCUCUCUCUCCCUCUUCCUGCAUCCCUCUCCACCUCCUCUCUCCCUCCCUCCUUCCCUCCAGACCUGACACGUAGUGCCAGCCUAUCAGAAAAGGAGUUGAAGGAGGCGAGGGUGAGGUCACAGAUCAUUGCGGCCCAGCUGACCGUCCCGUCUGGCUGCUCCAACUCCCGCGGCGUCCAGCUCUUCAACCGCCGCAAGAAGAGGGUCAACGCCUUCACGCUAGAUAGCUGUGGGGAACGAAGGAGGGAAGAGGAGAGAGAGGAGAGAGAAGCGAGAGAAGGAGAUAACAGGAACAACAACCUGACAUGGGAGGAGGAGAAGAGGGGUCCUAGUGAGGGGACAGAGACAGACGGACAACUGAACUGGAAGAACAGCAUCGGGAUAAAACCACCACUCUGGUCGCCACCCUCUGGAAGUGAGGUCACAGGAAGUGACAUCAUGGAGGACCCAGGUAAUGAGCACAUCUACAAGGAAGUGGACGUGAUACAAGAGAGACACUUCCAGCCGGUGAACGAGAGACAAGGGGAGGCGGAAGAGAGGAGUGGAGAGAGAGAAAGAGAGGAGAUAUAUGAGGAUAUUGAGGGUGAAGUGAAGGAUGAGAUUAUACGAGUAAAUGACAACAACACUGGUCCAGUCAGAGAGGAAGUGGGGAUGAAUAGGGGGUCAUACACAUACCCCACAGCUCCCCCUGAGACCCAUAAUGGCUUCCACAGCACCCAGGGCUCUGCUGGAGAGAUCAAAAAUGGCGGGCCAGUUUCUAUGUCCCUGUCCAGACAGACCCCCACCAUCGUCAACCGGACAGCCAGACCCUUCUUCUCCCCACCCACCGUACAGCCCAAGUCCCCAGAGGCAAGGAGUCCCGUCAUGGAUAACAACAUACUCCCAGCCCCCUCCUAUCCUACCCCCACCCUUCCCCCAGCUCCCUCCUACUCCACUCCCCCUCUGCCUCCUUUCACCGCCACUCGCCCUGUCGCCUUCUCUCCUCCUCCCCCUCCUCCCUCAUACUCUAUGCCUCCACUCCCAGCCUUCCCCAUCCAUCCUCCUCCUCCCUCCCAGUCUCUCUCCAGUCCUCCCCCCAUGUCUACCGUCAUGUUUCCUAGGUCUACACCCGUCCCCCAGUACAACCCUCCUCCUACAGCUGCCCCAGUGCCCCAGUAUCUACCCCCCAACCCUCCUGUCACCCGAUACAUCCCUCCUCCAACCUCCCCUAGACCCAACACCUUUGUCCCCUUCACCCCUCAGCCUAUUGGCCAACAGAACCAGCAGCAGCCAAUCAAAACGGGCAUCCUGGAGGAAGGGGCGGCGGCCAUCAGACGAUCGUCGACAGCCAGGAAGUCCAUGUUCACCUUUAAGGAGAAGCCUGUCAUGGCACCCAACCCUGAACUCCUCUCCCUGGUCCAGGGGAAUGAUGAUAGGAAGAAGCACGGCCUCCGCUCCGUUCCCGACCCAGCCCCAGAGGAGGAGCUGCUGGCUCUGGGGGCCGAGGCCUCUAACUUCCUAGCCAGGGAAGAGUUGAAGGCGGAGGCUGCCAAGGUGCCGGAGUGGUCCUCCUGUCUCAAGAGCUCCAGGACCAGGGAGCCCAGAGGGCAGCACCAGCCAGAGCAGACCCUGACCAACGCAUCAGGGAAGGGGGCCGAGCUGUUCGCGAAGCGCCAGUCCAGGAUGGAGAAGUACGUAGUGGAGAAUCAGAAUGUCUCCGGUGGUGGAGGUGGUCAGAUGAGGUCUCCGUCUCCAACCGCGUCUCUGCCACCGUCUUGGGUCUACCCAUCUAAUAUGCCUGGCCGGGUCAAAGCUAUCGCUAACAACACUGACCUCAGCGCCAGGCUGACCCAGACCCUCCAGACCCCUCAGCCUGGGAACAGGAGGCCCAGCCAGCAGGCUCCAACCCCGGCCCCGGUCCCCGAGGAACCACCCCUGGAGAACGGCUGCACCAAGAUAGAGAUGGACCUCUCCAGGCACCAGCCCUACCAGCUCAACUCCUCCCUGUUCAUCUUCAACCCAGUCCAGGACUCUACCAGCACCCUGCUGAGCGCUCUGCCCCGGGGGGCCCCGCCAACACCCAAACCCCUGGUCUCAUCUGAGGCUUACUCCAGGCAGGCCUCCCUGCCCUCCUCCAACCCUCCAUCACACAACUACAACAGCCUGCCCCGCUUCAGGCCUACCCAGUCCCCAUCACUUCAGCCCCCAUCAGGAGGAAUUGGAGGUGGGGAUUACUAUCCUCCACAACACGGGGGGACUCCACAGCUGAGGGACCCCAGGAUCACCUCUCCUGUCUCUGCCUUCUCUCCGGAGAGAGUCGCCUCUCCUCGGUCGGGCGUCCAGGCACCCAGACCCACCUUCUCUACCAAGAGGGCAGGGAUCGAACCCCAGGUGUGGAGGCCUUCUUUCUUCUUCUACCGAUAGAUCUACUCUGUUUCUACUCUGCUUUUACUCUGUUCUACUCUUCCUGUUAACACGACCAAAGUACAACAGAUAGACAGACAGGAAUAGCCUUAUUUUAACAUAUUGCACACACCAGACACUGGAUACACACACUAGAUUUAUUGGAUACCUAGAUACUACAGGUUUAGACGUCACUGUUGAUGUUAUUUCACAGUACAAAGCUCAACAUAGAUUAUUUUUCUACACACAAAGCCAAAUAUUUGGUUGGAGUUCCUUGUGGAAUCUUGAUUUCAUGGUUUGAAUUUAUGCUGCUUCAUUAGUGGUUAAAGAAAACAAGUCUGCUAUGCAACUGACAAACACCCUCUGUAUGCUAUAGAUCCAGAGAUCAAAUCCCAAAAGAACAUUAUUUAAUGUCAGUUAACAUUUUAGUCAUUUAGCAGACACUCUUAUCCAGAGCGACUUACAAGAGCAAUUAGGGUUAAGUGCCUUGCUUAAGGGCACAUCGACAGAUUUUACAUCUAGUCGGCUCGGGGAUUAGAACCAGCAACCUUUCGGUUACUGGCACAACGCUCUUACCCACUAAGCUACCUGCCGCCCAGUUAACAGAGGAAUAUUUGCGAAAUAGUACCAAAAUAUAAAAACCAGUAAGUGGAAAAGCCCCAUAUUCUGUCAGCUCCUAAAUAACUUUGGGAUGAGAAAUCGGUUCACACUUUUUCCAGUGUUUUUCCCAUCUAAGUCUCCAGAAAGCCUUGAGAGCGAGAGACACAAAGCGCUUUAACAGAUGCUCUGGCGUCUAUUUUAUGAUCUAUGAUUUGUAAUUUAAUACAAGCUUACAGACAUGAAAGUAUCAGGCAGGGAACUCCCUUAAUGUCUCUGUCUCUACAGGGGAAUAUAGACUGACUGAUGUUUGAAAUGGCACCCUAUUCCCUAUAUAGUACACUACCAGAGCCCAUAGGGUGCUGGUCAAAAGUAGUGCACUAUAUAGGAAAUAGGGUGCCAGUUGGGACAUAACCCUAGACUUCUGUUUCUCAGUUUCUCUGCCCUUUAGUUCGAGAACUACCACAUGAUAUAUACUACUACCACUGUCCUGUGAGCCCUGGCUCUGAGGCCAUUGAUGUCAGUCAUUUACAGACAGCACUGCUGCAUGCCAUUUGACGUAAUGUAACUUCUAUGGUUUUUACGACUCGACUGAUUUAUACGUGAAAAUAUAACUCUGAGUGUUUUUUUUUUUUAGAUUCACAAUGUUGAUCACUAAACCAGCUAGCUGACAACAAGGACUAUGGUUUCUUUGUUCCUCUUUUCUUUUAUGCACCGAUUUCUGUUUUCCAAUUCUGUUUCUGUAUCUAUAAACUUAUCUUUUCUGUUGGACUGUUUAUAUUUUUCUGUUGGACUGUUUCUGUUUCUCUCCUGAUUAAAGCUUCAUCCUUUCUUCUUUUGUUUGUUUUUCUACCUUUCCUUCUGUUUCCCCACUCAUCUACUUUUAUAGUACCUUAAACGUUCUGUUCUUUAGCUGCCCUGACUUUUCUAUUGUCAUAGUUUAAUGAAGCGUAUAGUGCAUUGAACAAAUGUAUAUCUCUGCAGGAAAACAUUUGAAAGCAGUUAAUAGACACGGUACAAAUGUAUAUUCCUGAAGGCUAACACCCAGUUUAAAACACAAAGAGCCGGCAGAGUAUACAACAGUUGCAUACAUCAAUGCAACACCAACAAUCAGCCUUUUUUAAGAAGUAACAGUUUUAAAAGAUUCUCCCUGAAGGGAAAGGAAACACCCUGUACAAUAUGAGUGAUUACACUGCAUUCCACAACCAGUUUUUUGUGUAGGAAGGGUCUUAGCUUUCUAAAAGCCCCAGAAGGUUAAAAGCAUUCAGACAAAUGGUCCCAUGGCCCCUACCUUCAAAAGGAUGGUAUGACCCACUGGCCUUUCUCGUCUAGCAUGAAAACAUUCCAGGCUCAAGGUACAAGUUACCCUUAGCAUGACCUAGUGAGAUAUACAAGACGGAGGCUCAAUCAAGUCUUGACUACUUUCUUAUGGCAUUCUCACUGGAACCUACAGUUUAAAAGGUGUUGAUAGGGGACAGAAUGCGGUCGGACCAUCAAAUAAUUGGCAUAUACAUUACUCUUACAGAAUCUCCACGUGGGCGAGGAUAUUGGAAAUGUAAUCAAAGCCUAUUGGAUGACAACUAGGACAGAAUAAUUUAUAACAUUUUACUACACAACAUUGGUACAGCAGAUCCCUUUAUUGUAUGGGACGCUUUUAAUUGUGCCUUUAGAGGCCAAGCAAAUCAAUACUUAUCUUUAAAACAAAAGCAAUUUAGGUCAAAAUAAUUCAUAUUAACAUAGGAAAUAGAGGGACUAACAGUAAAGAUAGAUAGCAAUAAAACUGUACCAUAGAGGCACAGAAUACGUUAGAGGAAAGAAAAUAAAAAAAUGUUUAUUCAAGAAAGAUCAAGUGUAAUGGAUGGAAUAUGGGGGAAAAUGCACCACAUUCUUUUUUAAAUCUUCAACAUAGAAAUGCUACCAAAAAGAAUUUACUGAAACUUGUUACAAAAUGACGGAGUCACCCAUGAUUCAGCAAACAAUAUUUUGAAAGAGGAAGCAAAGUACUUUAAGCCUAUGUUUUCGUUUCAGUCUCCUCCGUCUCCACUAACCGAAGUUAAUUGUAAGGAUUUUUUUUCCUAUUAAUAAUGUAAAAUUAACAGCUGUACAGAAAGACUAAUGUGAAGGCUAAAUUACACAGGAGAAACUACAGUAUGUAUAUAUGGCAAGUAGAAAUCAAAACUGGAUCAAAACUGGAUAGUGUUCAGAGAUCUAUGGGAGGGGUUGAGUGGAGCUGAUUAUUGUAAAAUAUACUGUGUCCGUAAAAUGUAAAUACACUGAACAAAAAUAUAAAUGUAACAUGCAACAAUUUCAAAGAUUUUACUUUUAUUUUAGUUACAGUUCAUUUAAGGAAAUCAAUCAAUUGAAAUCAAUUCAUUAGGCCCUAAUCUACAGAUUUCAUAUGACUGGGUAUACAGAUAUGCAUCUGUUGGUCACAGAGACGUUUUUUUUUAAAAGGGUAGGGGCGUGGAUCAGAAAACCAGUCAGUGUCUGGUGUGACCACCAUUUGCCUCAUGCAGUGCGACAUCUCCUUCACUUAGAGUUGAUAAGGCUGUUGAUUGUGGCCUGUGGAAUGUUGUCCCACUCCUCUUCAAUGGCUGUGCGAAGUUGCUGGAUAUGGGCAGGAACUGGAACACACUGUCGUACACAUCGAUCCAGGGCAUCCCAAACAUGCUUAAUGGGUGACAUGUCUGGUGAGUAUGCAGGCCAUGGAAGAACUGGGACAUUUUCAGCUUUCAGGAAUUGUGUACAGAUCCUUGUGACAUGGGGCUGUGCAUUAUCAUGCUGAAACAUGAGGUGAUGGCGGCGGAUGAAUGGCCUGACAAUGGGCCUCAGGAUCUUGUCACGGUAUCUCUGUGCAUUCAAAUUGCCAUCGAUAAAAUGCAAUUGUGUUCAUUGUCCGUAGCUUAUGCCUGCCCAUAUCAUAAUCCCACCACCACCAUGGGGCACUCUGUUCACAACUUUGACAUCAACAAACCGCUCGCCCACACCACGCCAUACACGCUGUCCGCCACCUGUGUAAUGAUCAUGCUGUUUAAUCAGCUUCUUGAUAUGCCACACCUGUCUGGUGGAAGGAUUAUCUUGACAAAGGAGAAAUGCUCACUAACAGGGAUGUAAACAAAUUUGUACACAACAUUUGAGAAAAAUACGCUUUUAUUUCAGCUCAGGGAACAUGGGACCAACACAUUACAUGUUGCGUUUGUAUUUUUGUUCAGGAUAGUAUGUAUAAGCUGAAAGUAGCAGUCUUAAGUUUUGUUGUCCAUUAGUUUACUCUAAUUACGGGAGGGGUGGUAGGGUUAGGGGAAAAUAAUAAAGGAACAUAUAGUUUGGACACACCUAAUCAUUCAAGGGUAUUUUCUACAUUGUAGAAUAAUAGUUAAGACAUCAAAACCAUGAAAUAACACAUAUGGAAUCAUGUAGUACCCAAAAAAGUGUUAAACAAAUCAAAAUAUAUUUUAUAUUCUUCAAAGUAGCCACCCUUUGCCUUGAUGUUAGCUUUGAUCACUCUUGGCAUUCUCUCAACCAGCUUCAUGAGGAAUGCUUUUCCAACAGUCAAAGAAGGAGUUCCGACAUACGCUGAGCACUCGUUGGCUGCUUUUCCUUCACUUUGCGGUCCGACUCAUCCCAAACCAUCUCAAUUGGCUUGAGGUCGGGAUAUUUUGGAGGCCAGGUCAUCUGAUGCAGCACUCCAUCACUCUCCUUCUUGGUCAAAUAGCCCUUACACAGCCUGGAGGUGUGUUCUGGAUCAUUGUCCUGUUGAAAAGCAAAUGAUAGUCCCACUAAGCGCAAACCAGAUGGGAUGGCGUAUCGCUGCAGAAUGCUGUGGUGGCCAUGCUGGUUAAGUGUGCCUUGAAUUCUAAAUAAAUCACAGAUAGUGUCACCAGCAAAGCACCCACACACCAUCACACCUCCUCCUCCAUGCUUCACGGUGGGAACCACACAUGAAGAGAUCAUCCGUUCACCUAUUCUGCAUCUCACAAAAAUCUCAAAUUUGGACUAAUCAGACCAAAGCACAGGUUUCCACCUGAGGCUGGUAACUCUAAUGAACUUAUCCUCUGCAGCAAGAGGUAACUCUGGGUCUUCCAUUCCUGUGGCGGUCCUCAUGAGAGCCAGUUUCAUCAUAGCGCUUGAUAUUUUUUGCGACUGCACUUGAAGAAACUUUGAAAGUUCUUGACAUUUUCUGGAUUGACUGACCUUUAUGACUUAAAGUAAUGAUGGACUGUUGUUUCUAUUUGCUUAUUUGAGCUGUUCUUGCCAUAAUAUGGACUUGGUCUUUUACGAAAUAGGGCUAUCUUCUGUGUACCACCCCUACCUUGUCACAACACAACUGAUUGGCUCAAACGCAUUAAUAAGCAAAGAAAUUCCACUAAUUUACUUUUAACAAGGCACACCUGUUAAUUGAAAUGCAUUCCAGGUGACUACCUCAUGAAGCUGGUUGAGAGAAUGCCAAGAGUGUGCAAAGCUGUCAUCAAGGAAAAGGCUACUGUCACGCCCUGGCUCUGGGACUCUGUUAUGUUGAGCAAGGGUGUGUGGUUUCUAUGUGUUUUGUGUGCUAGGGUGAUUAUCUAGUUCAUUUGUUUCUAUGUUGGCCGGUGUGGUUCUCAAUCAGAGGCAACGUGUAUCAGCUGUUGCUUGUUGUCUCUGAUUGGGAACCAUACUUAGGCAGCCUGUUUUCCACAGUGUGUUGUGGGAUCUUGUUCCGUGUAUGGGUUGUGUCUGUUACUAAGGACUUCACGAAUCGUUUUGUUGUUUUGUUCGUUGUGGUGAAUUAAUAAAUAAGUAUGUUCACUCAUCACGCUGCGCAUUGGUCCACUUCCUCCAGCGAUCGUGACAGCUACUUUGAAGAAUCUCAAAUAUAACAUAUAUUUUGAUUUGUUUAACACUUUUUUUUGGUUACUACAUGAUUCCAUAUGUUUUCUUUUUAUAGUGUUGAUGUCUUCACUAUUAUUCUACAAUGUAGAAAAUAGUAAAAAUAAAGAAAACACUGGAAUGAGUAGGUGUGUCCAAACUUUUGACUGGUACUGUAUAGUGUUUAUAGUAUUUACAAAAAAAUAUAUGUGGGAUUGAAAAUGAUGAAGACAAUUACAUUGAUGGAAGCCACAAUCUUUCUGCAAUAUAUACAAUACAAAUAGUAAAUAAAUAAAAUAAAAUAAAUAGUUACCCUUAGGGACUAGGUACAGAUCCAGGAUCAGCCUACUCUUUCCAAAUCCUAACCUUCACCAUUAUGGAAUAGAACGCAAACUGUAAAAACUGACCUUAGAUCAGUCUAUCCUGUCUAUACACACCAUUCACAUACAUGCAGUGCAUUCGGAAAGUAUUCAGAAUUCUUCCUUUUUUCCCACAUUUUGUUACGUUACGGCCUUAUUCUAAAAUGGAUUAAAUAAAUAAAAAAUCCUCAUCAAUCUACACACAAUACCCCAUAAUGACGAAGCGAAAACAGGUUUUUAGAAAUGUUUGCAAAUAAAAAUAAAUAAAAUACCUUAUUUACAUAAGUAUUCAGACCCUUUGCGAUUAGACUCGAAAUUGAGCUCAGGUGCAUCCUGUUUCCAUUGAUCAUCCUUGAGAUGUUUCUACAACUUGAUUGGAGUCCACCUGUGGUAAAUAAAAUUCAUUGGACAUUAUUUGGAAAGGCACACACCUGCAAAAGUAUUAAUCCCCCAUGGCGUUUUUCCUAUUUUGUUGCAUUAGAACCUGUUAUUUAAAUAGAUUUUUAUUUGGAUUUCAUGUAAUGCAUAUACACAAAAUAGUCCACAUUGGUGAAGUGAAAUGAAAAAAAUAACUUGUUUGUCACGAUCGUCGUUACAGGAAGCGGACCAAAGCGCAGCGUGUUGCACGAACAUGAUGCUUUAUUUAAUUAAAGCGAAACACGAAACAACAAAACAAAUAACGAUUUGUGAAGUCCACAGUGACAAUGACUGACUAGGAACAAAAACCCACAAACACAAGGUGAAAACCGACAGUUUAAAUAUGGCUCCCAAUCAGAGACAACGAGCCAACAGCUGACACUCGUUACCUCUGAUUGGGAGUCACUCAAACAAAGAAAUACAACAACCUAGAACAACCCAACCAAGAAACAGAAACCAAAGAAACGAACACACCCUGGCUCAACAUACAGAGUCCCGGAGCCAGAGCGUGACAGUACCCCCCCCUAAAGGCGCGGACUGCGACCGCGCCUUAACAAAACCCAAACAGGGGAGGGCUGGGUGGGCAUUCCUCCUCGGAGGUGGCUCCGGCUCCGGGCUUGACCACCACCCUUCCACAAUUCCCCCGUAGCGCCCCCGGUCCGGUCUGACCCCGCUGGCUGGAUCUGGACCGAACAUCGACGGAGCGGAUUGCUCAAGCCCCGUUGUGGAGCAGCUGCCCGGUACCUGAUCAGGCACCGGACUGACGACGCGCACCCCUGGCUUGGCGCGUGAGGCAGGAACUGACCGGACCUGGCUGACGAUGCGAACCCCUGGCUUGGUGCGUGGAGCAGCAACGGACCGGACCGGGCUGACGAUACGCACCCCUGGCUUGGUGCGUGGAGCCGGAACGGGCCUCAUCGGACUGACGACUCGCAUCCUUGGCUUGGUGCGAGUAGCAGGAACGGGCUGGACCAGGCUGACGACUCGUACCCCUGGCUUGGUGCGAGUAGCAGGAACGGGCUGGACCAGGCUGACGACUCGCACCCCUGGCUUGGUGCGAGUAGCAGGAACGGGCCGGGCUGGGCUGGCGACGCACACCGUAGGCUUUGUGCGUGGAGCAGGGACAGGCCGGGCUGGGCUGGCGACGCACCCCGUAAGCUUUGUGCGUGGAGCAGGGACAGGCCGGGCUGGGCUGGCGACGCACCCCGUAGGCUUUGUGCGUGGAGCAGGGACAGGCCGGGCUGGGCUGGCGACACACCCCGUAGGCUUUGUGCGUGGAGCAGGGACAGGCCGGGCUGGGCUGGCGACGCACCCAGUAGGCUUUGUGCGUGGAGCAGGGACAGGCCGGGCUGGCGACGCACCCCGUAGGCUUUGUGCGUGGAGCAGGGACAGACCGGGCUGGGCUGGCGACGCACCCCGUAGGUUUGGUGCGUGGAGCAGGAACAGGCCGGGCUGGGCUGGCGACGCACCCCGUAGGUUUGGUGCGUGGAGCAGGAACAGGCCGGGCAGGGCUGUCGACGCACACCGCAGACUUGGUGCGUGGAGCAGGAACAGGCCGGGCAGGGCUGUCGACGCACACCGUAGGUUUGGUGCGUGGAGCAGGAACAGGCCGGGCAGGGCUGUCGACGCACACCGUAGACUUGGUGCGUGGAGCAGGAACAGGCCGGGCAGGGCUGUCGACGCACACCGUAGACUUGGUGCGUGGAGCAGGAACAGGCCGGGCAGGGCUGUCGACGCACACCGUAGGUUUGGUGCGUGGAGCAGGAACAGGCCGGGCAGGACUGGCGACGCACACCGUAGGCUUGGUGCGAGAGGCAGGAACAGGCCGGACCGGGCUGGAGACGCGCACCGUCCAUUUGGUGCGAGGGGCCGUAACAGGCCGGACCGUACUGGGGACACACACCACUGGCUCUACUCCGGGAACUGGAACGGGCCGGACCGGACUGGUAACACACCCCAGUACCUCUCGCCGUGCCUCUAAACCUCCUUUCCCUACUUUGACCAGUGGCCCCCGUAACCUGGUGGCCUUUUGAAUACGCCCCUUCUCUGCCUCCGUCAGCCCCGUCGUCCAUGCCCUGUGCCCCCCCCUAAAAAAUUAUUGGGUGUGCCUCUCGUCCGUCCGACGAUGGCACUGCUGACGCCGCUGCUCCUCUCUCGCCAGGGCCUUGAUCCUACCCCAAGGUCCCUUGCCCCCGAGCAUGUCCUCCCAGGACCACACUUUGCCCACCUGGGCCAUCGCCAGCCUCUCCAUCUCCUUUCCUGGCGCUUCCUCCCAUGACCAGGCUGCCUGCUCCUGGACACGCUGCUUGGUCCUUGUACGGUGGGUUUUUCUGUCACGAACGUCUUGGAAAGGAGUAGACCAAAGCGCAGCGUGUUGCACGAACAUGAUGCUUUAUUUAAUUAAAGCGAAACACGAAACAACAAAACAAAUAAUGAUUCGUGAAGUCCACAGUGACAAUGACUGACUAGGAACAAAAACCCACAAACACAAGGUGAAAACCGACAGUUUAAAUAUGGCUCCCAAUCAGAGACAACGAGCCAACAGCUGACACUCGUUACCUCUGAUUGGGAGUCACUCAAACAAAGAAAUACAACAACCUAGAACAACCCAACCAAGAAACAGAAACCAAAGAAACGAACACACCCUGGCUCAACAUACAGAGUCCCGGAGCCAGAGCGUGACAUUGUUUCAAAAUUUUAUAAAAAAUUAAUAACGGAAAAGUGGUGCGUGCAUAUGUAUUAACCCCCUUUGCUAUGAAGCCCCUAAAUAAGAUCUGGUGCAACAAAUUACCUUCAGAAGUCACAUAAUUAGUUAAAUAAAGUCCAUCUGUUUGCAAUCUAAGUGUCACAUGAUCUGUCACAUGAUCUCAGUAUAUAUAUAUAUAUAUAUAUAUAUAUAUAUAUAUACUUGAAGGAGCUGGAGCAGUUUUGCUAUAUACAGUGGGGGAAAAAAGUAUUUAGUCAGCCACCAAUUGUGCAAGUUCUCCCACUUAAAAAGAUGAGAGAGGCCUGUAAUUUUCAUCAUAGGUACACGUCAACUAUGACAGACAAAAUGAGAAAAAAAAAUCCAGAAAAUCACAUUGUAGGAUUUUUAAUGAAUUUUAUUUGCAAAUUAUGGUGGAAAAUAAGUAUUUGGUCAAUAACAAAAGUUUCUCAAUACUUUGUUAUAUACCCUUUGUUGGCAAUGACACAGGUCAAACGUUUUCUGUAAGUCUUCACAAGGUUUUCACACACUGUUGCUGGUAUUUUGGCCCAUUCCUCCAUGCAGAUCUCCUCUAGAGCAGUGAUGUUUUGGGGCUGUCGCUGGGCAACACAGACUUUCAACUCCCUCCAAAGAUUUUCUAUGGGAUUGAGAUCUGGAGACUGGCUAGGCCACUCCAGGACCUUGAAAUGCUUCUUACGAAGCCACUCCUUCGUUGCCCGGGCGGUGUGUUUGGGAUCAUUGUCAUGCUGAAAGACCCAGCCACGUUUCAUCUUCAAUGCCCUUGCUGAUGGAAGGAGGUUUUCACUCAAAAUCUCACGAUACAUGGCCCCAUUCAUUCUUUCCUUUACACGGAUCAGUCGUCCUGGUCCCUUUGCAGAAAAACAGCCCCAAAGCAUGAUGUUUCCACCCCCAUGCUUCACAGUAGGUAUGGUGUUCUUUAUAUGCAACUCAGCAUUCUUUGUCCUCCAAACACGACGAGUUGAGUUUUUACCAAAAAGUUAUAUUUUGGUUUCAUCUGACCAUAUGACAUUCUCCCAAUCCUCUUCUGGAUCAUCCAAAUGCACUCUAGCAAACUUCAGACGGGUUGGGGGGUGAAUAGUUAUGCACGCUCAAGUUUUCAGGUUUUUUGUUAUAUUUCUUGCUUGUUUCACAAAAUAAAUUAUAUUUUGCUUCUUCAAAGUGUUAGGCAUGUUGUGGAAAUCAAAUGAUACAAACCCCCCAAAAAUAUAUUUUAAUUCCAGGUUAUAAGGCAACAAAAUAGGACAAAUGGCAAGGGGGGUGAAAACUUUAGCAAGCCACUGUAUGGAGAAGACAGGAUUGUGUGGAGGAACAGAUCUGGGGAAGGGUACCAAAAAAUGUCUGCAGCAUUGAAGGUCUCCAAGAACACAGUGGCCUCAUCAUUCAUAAAUGGAAGAAGUUUGGAACAUCAAGACUCUUCCUAGAGCUGGCCGCCCGGCCAAACUGAGCAAUCGGGGGGGAAGGGCCUUGGUCAGGGAGGUGACCAAGAACCCGAUGGUCACUCUGACAGAGCUCCAGAGUUCCUCUGUGGAGAUGGGAGAACCUUCCAGAAGGACAACCAUCUCUGCAGCACUCCACCAAUUAGGCCUUUAUGGCAGAGUGGCCAGAUGAAAGCCACUCUUCAGUAAAAGGCACAUGACAGCCCACUUGGAGUUUGCCAAAAGGCACCCUAAGGACUCUCAGACCAUGAGAAAGCUUCUCUGGUCUGAUGAAACCAAGAUUUGUCCUGAAUGCCAAGCGUCACAUCUGGAAGAAACCUGGCACCAUCCCAAUGGUGAAGCAUGGUGGUGGCAGCAUCAUGCUGUGGGGAUGUUUUUCAGCGGCAGGGACCGGGAGACUAGUCAGGAUUGAGGGAACGAUGAACGGAGCAAAGUACAGAGAGAUCCUUGAUGAAAACCUGCUCCAGAGCGCUCAGGACCUCAGACUGGGGCGAAGGUGCACCUUCCAACAGGACAACGACCUAAAGCACACAGCCAAGACAACGCAGGAGUGGCUUCGGGACAAGUCUCUGAAUGUCCUUGAGUGGCCCAGCCAGAGCCCGGACUUGAACCCGAUCGAACAUCUCUGGAGAGACCUGAAAAUAGCUGUGCAGCGACGCUCCCCAUCCAACCUGACAGAGGUUGAGAGGAUCUGCAGAGAAGAAUGGGAGAAACUCCCCAAAUACAGGUGUGCCAAGCUUGUAGCGUCAUACCCAAGAAGACUCAAGGCUGUAAUCACUGCCAAAGGUGCUUCAACCAAGUACUGAGUAAAGGGUCUGAAUACUUAUGUAAAUGUGAUAUUUCCAUUAUUAUUAUUAUUUAUUUUUUUGCAAAGGUUUCUACAAACCUGUUGUUGCUUUGUCAUUAUGGGGCAUUGUGUAUAGAUUGAUGAGGAAAAAAAUAAUUGAAUCAAUUUUGGAAUAAGGCUGUAACGUAACGAAAUGUGGAAAAAGUCAAGGGGUCUGAAUACGAAUGCGCUGUAUAGAUGUAUUUAUAUUCUGGACUCUGACAUUGCUCUUUCUGAUAUGUCUUAAUUUCUUGUUCUUCUUUUUUUAAAUGUUUGGAUAAUGUGUGUAUUGUUAUUGUGUUGCUAGAUAUUGCUGCACUGUUGGAGCUAGAGACAUAAGCAUUUCGCUGCACCUACGAUAACAUCUUCAAAACUGUGUACGCGACCAAUAAACUUUGAUUCAAUUUUAUUUGUAUCGGGGGUAACUUCAGAGUGACACUGGUUCAAUAAUAAUAAAGCUCCCCAAUAGCCUCGGCAGGGUAACAGCAAAUCCUGAAAACUUUUGCUCAAGGUACAUGUUGUCCUUAGGGCCUGAUAGGCACAGAUAUAGGAUUAGCCUGGCCAAGCCAAAUACUAAAUGGAACCAGUAGGGGGUGAAAAGCACAAAACUGACCUCAGAUCAGUGUCGUACUCUGAAUCUGAUCAACACUAGUUCAAGGUGAAAAGAAAGCUCGCCAGGAUUCUUUGCCGGGUAUCAGCAAAGCCUGUAUCAAGAGCUUAACAUUAUAAGAAACUCUCUUGUAACAGCAGACCUACCAAGCUCUUCAGGAGUCUAGGGAACAGCAGACCUACCAAGCUCUUCAGGAGUCUAGGGAACAGCAGACCUACCAAGCUCUUCAGGAGUCUAGGGAACAGCAGACCUACCAAGCUCUUCAGGAGCCUAGGGAACAGCAGACCUACCAAGCUCUUCAGGAGUCUAGGGAACAGCAGACCUACCAAGCUCUUCAGGAGUCUAGGGAACAGCAGACCUACCAAGCUCUUCAGGAGUCUAGGGAACAGCGGACCUACCAAGCUCUUCAGGAGUCUAGGGAACAGCAGACCUACCAAGCUCUUCAGGAGUCUAGGGAACAGCGGACCUACCAAGCUCUUCAGGAGUCUAGGGAACAGCAGACCUACCAAGCUCUUCAGGAGUCUAGGGAACAGCAGACCUACCAAGCUCUUCAGGAGUCUAGGGAACAGCAGACCUACCAAGCUCUUCAGGAGCCUAGGGAACAGUGGAUCUACCAAGCUCUUCAGGAGUCUAGGGAACAGCAGACCUACCAAGCUCUUCAGGAGUCUAGGGAACAGCAGACCUACCAAGCUCUUCAGGAGUCUAGGGAACAGCAGACCUACCAAGCUCUUCAGGAGUCUAGGGAACAGCAGACCUACCAAGCUCUUCAGGAGUCUAGGGAACAGCAGACCUACCAAGCUCUUCAGGAGUCUAGGGAACAGCAGAUCCACAGUGCCAAGCUCUUCAGAAGCCUAGGGAACAGCAGACCUACCAAGCUCUUCAGGAGUCUAGGGAACAGCAGACCUACCAAGCUCUUCAGGAGUCUAGGGAACAGUGGAUCUACCAAGCUCUUCAGGAGCCUAGGGAACAGCAGAUCCCCAUAA